AUGUUUGGGAGCCGGAGGCCCAAAAGGAAAUUGCUCAUUAUACCCUUACUCAGAUUCAGCCACGGUGUGUCAUUUGAAGAUCAGGUGUUAGUUAUCAGAGAGAAGCUUGCUGAGUUGUAUGAGUCCGAGCAGCAGUGGUCAAGGGCAGCACAGAUGCUCAGUGGCAUGGAUUUAGACUCCACAAUGAGGGUUAUUGAUGAUACACUCAGAUUGUCGAAAUGUGUCCAAAUAGCUCGUCUAUAUCUUGAGGAUGAUGAUGCUGUCAAUGCGGAAGCUUUUAUUAAUAAAGCCUCAUUCUUAGUUAGCAACAGUCAGCAUGAAGUAUUGAAUUUACAGUAUAAGGUUUGUUAUGCUAGGAUUUUAGAUUUGAAGAGGAAGUUCUUGGAGGCAGCAUUACGAUAUUAUGACAUAUCCCAUAUUGAGAAACUGCAAAUAGGAGAUGAGUUGAUUGACGAGGAAGCAUUGGAGCAAGCUCUAUCUGCUGUUGUAUCGUGCACAAUUUUGGUUGCUGCAGCAAGUUGUAGUUCUUCUCGAGCUGCUGAGCUUGAGCAAAAGCAAGAUAUCGGUAAUAUUGAAGAAGUUGAAUCAUCUCUCCAUGAGAGUGGUUGUUUAAACUACGAGGAAGCAAGAGCAUUGUUAGGGAGAUACGAAUAUCAAAAAGGGAACAUAGAAGCUGCUCUGCAUGUAUUUGAAGGAAUAGAUAUUGCUGCAGUGACUCCCAAGAUGAAACUCACCCUCGCUAAGAGAGGAGAACGUCGUAAGGAGGCGCUCUCAAAGUGA